CAACCCGACGCUAAAUUAAUCGAAUGCAACGGCAAAGGAAUCUCCGUACGAUGUCCUUUCCUCCGGGCAAACUUGCUCGACGUUUAACGCUGAGGCGACCAGAAACUGUAUAUAAACGCGUGAGCACAACCCCCGCGUCUUCACUUUCUUUCUUCUCCAGCUACCCUGCGCUUUCACCCAUUGCUAUCAUCCCAAUCAGCGGCGGAUUUAGGACGUACAGAGCCUCCGUUUCCUUCUCAGUGAAGCGUUUCUCCGCUUAAUACUGUCCAUUUGGUUGGUCCUCGCCAUUGGAAUUGAGCUUUGAUCAGUAGGUGAGCUUUCAAGUCACUGUGGAAGAAGCAUAUUCUGCUUUUUUCCCCCUUUAUUGAUCAGGAUUCUUCUUGCUUUGUGGUAAGGGCAUCUCCAGAAAGCAGCAUCGAUUCUUUCGUCUUCCUUGAUAAAGUGUUCCCAGGAGAUAUAAAGUUAUGCUAGAGCAAGAUUCGGAUGUUUUCCAGUGGGGUCAACGCCUUUUCGACACUCCAUUCUUUCAUCCAGGAUACCCAACUGAUGCUAUUCACCAAGAUGCUGGCAGUAUCUAUCAUGUACCAGUGAACCAUUACGUAACAGAAUACAACACCGUAGAAAAUGAUGAAAUUAUUGCACACACCUUGCAAGAAGAAUUUUCUCAUUUGGCAGUGAGGGAAUCGUCACAAGAUUUCCAUGUGCCAGACGAUGACUCUUCCAUGUCUGUACAUCAGCAGGACUGGCGUUCUCCAUCGAUGAGACUCUACUACUCAGGCCAUAAUUAUGACAGUGAAAGACCUGAUCAUACAUGGGGUUCAGGUUCACCUUCUAGUUAUGGAGGCGAAGGUUAUACUUAUUCUGAGAAGCCGAGUGAUGAUAAUGAGAAUAGUGAAUUCAUGAAUCCAUUGGAUCAAAUGGUCCCAAUACCACAUGUUCCCAGAAUAAAUGGAGAAAUACCUUCCACAGAUGAAGCAUCUUCAGAUUAUGAGAGGCUGCGCCAAAGAUUGCAAUUAUAUGACUUGGUUGAGCAUAAGGUGCAGGGAGAUGGAAAUUGCCAGUUCCGUGCACUAUCCGAUCAGUUACAUCAAACGCCGGAUUACCAUGAAAGCGUGAGAGAGGAAAUAGUGAAGCAGCUCAGGAAUAACUCAAAGUUUUAUGAGGGAUACGUUCCAAUGGAAUAUGAUGAAUACUUGAGCAAAAUGUCGAGGAAUGGGGAGUGGGGUGAUCACGUUACAUUGCAGGCCGCUGCAGACGUGUACGGGGCAAAGAUAUUGGUCAUAACAUCAUUUAAGGAUACAUGUUACAUUGAGAUUAUUCCAAACAAUCAGAAGACAAAACAAGUUCUUCUUCUGAGCUUUUGGGCAGAAGUUCAUUACAACUCAAUAUACCCUCAAGGAGACAUGCCAUCUUCCAGUUCUGGGAAGAAGAAAAGAUGGUGGACCUUUUGGGGAUAAAUAAACGAGUAUACAUUGCUUAUUUCCUCUUCCGAUGCAAGAACCACACACAAAAUAAUAACAAGUUAUUCAACAGCUCCUGUAGAGAAGAAACUCUUUGAUCCGAUUUUACCAUCCGGCAUGCAUUUUUUCAGCUUGCAUGCCAAUAUAGGCCAGUUCAUUUCCUUGCUGAAAGAAAUCCACACAGCAUAUUCAGCAAAAAAAAAGAAGAAGAAAGAAAUCCACACAGCGGCAUACUUACGUUAUUCUUUACAGAUUCGGGAGGACGGGCAUCAGAUACUGGAAGCACAGAACAUAUUUAUACAGAUUUUACUAAUUAUACAUAUAAAGAAAUCGUUUCGAGUUUGUAUGUUUCACUCUCACUAUCAGCUGCUGCUGGAAA